AUGGGGCCCCCGGGCAAUAGGGGAUCAUGGGGCCCCUGUGUCCUUGCCCAAACUCAAAAAAGCCUAUGAAAAAGGUACCAGGGGUAUCUCAAUGGGCCCCCUACAGACCCCGGGCCCUCGGACAGUGCCCGAGUUUCCAAAUGGUCAGUCCGCCCCUGGUGCUGACUAAGACCAUCUCCAUGGGCGGACUGACAACUCAUGGGGCCCCUGGGCAAUAGGGGAUCAUGGGGCCCCUGUGUCCUUGCCCAAACUCAAAAAAGCCUAUGAAAAAGGUAUCAGGGGCAUCUCAUGGGGCCCCCUACUGACCCCGGGCCCUCGGGCAGGGCCCUGAAUUUCCAAAUGGUCAGUCCGCCCCUGCUCAGGAUUUAACUGGCUACAAACAUCAUACACAUACAUUUGCUAUACCUAUUGGACCAUCUAAGGUCACAAAUUUGUGAUGUAUUUCCAUCCCAUUUUAGUUAAUUG